CAAACCAAUCACCAUGUCCACACACAUCACCCCUACCAAAUCCAAUCCAAUAAUGGCUCUCCCUUCUCUCUCCUUCUUCCCUCUCUUUCUCCUCUUCCUCCUCUCAAACCCUUCACCCUCAUUUUCUCAGCAGCCAAGCAACAUCAUCUCAUCCUUCUCCUUCUCCAACUCCCCAUGGCGCCCAAACCAAAACCAAAUCCUCCUCUCUCCCAACAAAGUCUUCGCCGCCGGGUUUCAACGACUGCCCAACUCCCCAAACUUCACUUUCUCAGUUUGGUACAACAACAUCUCCACCACCAACACCACCGUAGUUUGGUCUGCCAAUAAAGGCCACGCGGUCAGCCCCUCCGCCGCCCUCACCAUCACGCGCUCCGGCGAGCUUCUCCUCAACGACUCUUCUUCUAGCCAAAACAUAACAAAGCUAGAUAGAAACCCAAACUCAACCCAACUCACUCUCCAAAACAACGGUAGCCUUGUUUUUGGUAACUGGUUGAGUUUUUCUUCUCCAACCAAUACAAUUCUUCCAAACCAGACCAUUAAUGGAACAACCUUGUCAUCAAACAAUGGAAAAUUCAAGUUCGUGGAUUCAACGAAACUUGUUUUUAACGAGACUGACAGUUACUGGCAUACUGACAAUUCAUUCGAUGAACUUCAACCUGAUGGGAGAGUUGUUCAGAGCGCCGGUGCUUCGUUUAUUUGUUCCGAUUUUGGCGAUACCCCACCUCGAAGAUUGACUCUUGAGGAUGAUGGGAAUCUCAAAAUUUACAGCCUCGAUCGGAGUUCAAAUUUGAGUCAGUGGAUCGUAGUCUGGCAAGCAGUUCAAGAACCUUGUACAAUUCAUGGUACUUGUGGUCCUAACUAUAUAUGUAUGAGUGAUGGUGUGAGCGAUCCUAAAUGUGUGUGUCCACCGGGUUUCCAGGAUUUUCCUAAAAGCCAAACAUGCGAAAGGAAAAUUCCAUGGAAUAACCGAACAGCAACCAAGUUUCUCCGAUUGGACUACGUGAACUAUUCAAGCGGGUUGACCCCAACCAAUAAUGCCCAGAAUUUUUUAACUUGUCAAGCUCGGUGUUUAUCCAACUCGGCUUGUCAAGGGUUUUUGUUCAAGUAUGAUGGGACUGGUUAUUGUGUGCCCCAGCUUGGAAGGUUGCUAAAUGGGUAUUGGUCUCCGGGUACCGAAACCGCUAUGUUUCUUCGGGUUGAUGAAUCCGAAACUGACGAAUCGAAUUUCACGGGUAUGACGAAUUUGAUGGAGACAACGUGCCCGAUCAAUAUUAGCCUCCCUUAUCCGCCCAAGGAAUCCAAUACCACCACCCGGAAUAUUGCGAUAGUAUGUACUCUCUUUGCUGCUGAGCUUAUUAGUGGAUUUCUUUUCUUUUGGGCUUUUCUCAAGAAGUACAUCAAGUACAGGGAUAUGGCUCAGACCCUCGGGCUUGAAUUUUUGCCCGCGGGCGGACCCAAGCGAUUUAGCUAUGCCGAGCUCAAAGAUGCCACCAAUAAUUUCUCUAAUAUUGUUGGUAGAGGUGGAUUUGGGGAUGUUUAUAAAGGAGAGUUGGGUGAUCACCGGGUUGUCGCCGUGAAGUGCUUGAAAAAUGUUACGGGUGGUGAUGCUGAAUUUUGGGCUGAGGUCACUAUUAUUGCCCGAAUGCACCACCUCAAUUUGGUCCGAUUAUGGGGUUUUUGUGCCGAGAAGGGUCAGAGGAUACUUGUCUAUGAGUAUGUGCCCAAUGGUUCACUAGACAAGUUUCUAUUUUCUUCUAGGCAAGUAAGACCAACGAGCUCUGAAUAUGAAAUGGAUGCGGUUGCAGUUGCGGUUGCGGUUGCAGAGUCCGAGGACAAGCCAAUACUUGAUUGGAACAUCCGGUACCGAAUUGCGCUAGGAGUGGCGAGAGCAAUUGCCUACUUGCACGAAGAGUGUCUAGAGUGGGUCUUGCAUUGCGACAUCAAGCCAGAGAAUAUACUUUUGGGAGAUGAUUUUUGCCCGAAGAUAUCGGAUUUUGGAUUGGCCAAAUUAAGGAAAAAGGAAGACAUGGUUAGCCUGUCAACGAUCCGGGGCACCCGUGGGAACAUGGCACCCAAAUGGGUCAAGAUGGAUCCGAUCACACCAAAAGCUGAUGUGUACAGUUUUGGAAUGGUAUUGUUGGAAAUUGUGAGUGGGGUUAGGAAUUAUGAGAUGCAAGGAUCAAAAAUGGAAAGUGAAGAUUGGUAUUUUCCUAGGUGGGCAUUUGAGAAGGUGUUCAAAGAAAUAAAGGUGGAGGACAUUUUGGACCAUCAGAUCAAGCACUCUUAUGAUAGCAGGGCUCAUUUCGAUAUGGUGAAUCGGAUGGUGAAAACAGCGAUGUGGUGCCUUCAGGAUCGGCCAGAGGCAAGGCCGUCGAUGGGGAAGGUGGCUAAGAUGCUGGAAGGGACUGUUGAGAUCACUGAACCUAAAAAACCUACAAUUUUCUACUUAGGUGAAGAGUGAAGUGUCCAAAAAUGUUCUGUACUGUAUUUUCAUAAAACAGAACUAAGAAUAAUAUGGGGCAUGUGGAUGGCAAGUGGGAUAGCAUGCCUAAUGUAAUUUUCUUUUUCUUUGUUGUAUUUUUCUCAUUAGAUAUGUGAUAGUAUAUAUAAAUUGUUUGGGAGUUCUCCAACUUUCUUUCUCAUUUA